CCCGCCAUGCCGCACUACCAAGCCUGGGAGGAGUUCACGCGUGCUGCCGAGAAGCUCUACCUCGCCGACCCCAUGAAGGUGCGGGUUGUUCUCAAAUAUCGCCAUUGUGAUGGGAACCUCUGCAUCAAAGUAACGGAUGACGUAGCCUGUUUGCUGUACAGGACAGACCAAGCGCAAGACGUCAAGAAGAUCGAGAAAUUCCACAGUCAGUUGAUGCGACUGAUGGUGGCUAAGGAGUCCCGCAGCGCUGCCAUGGAAACAGACUGAACUGCUGAAAAUCAAUUGAGUGCUCCAGUUCUAUUUCACUGGAGGAAAAUAUCUGUUGGAUUGGAAGGAAUGCUGGGACAGGAGACGCUUCUAUCAGCGGAGGCGGACUGGUGACAAGUCUGAAGCAUUUUUUCCCUCUCCAGGUGGCUUUGGAAAACUAGGAAAAUAAAUGCUUUCAAUUGAAAGCUUAUAUUUAUUUUUGGGAAUGGAACAAGAAACUAUUCUUACAUGUUAGGUAUGCUAAGAAGACAAGUAAAAUACUUUACAGUCUGAUGGGCCACAAGCAUAUUUCUAGAAAGUUACUGUAAAAUUUCAUCUAGAUUUCGUUGUGUUCAUACCUUAUGCUGGUGUAUUCUCACAGUGAGAAAGGUUAUUGACCUGACAUACUGUAGUUUGAUGACUGGAUCUGUUAACUAUUUACAUUAAUGAUGUACAUCAGUGGGGUUUAGAAGAAUGGGAUGUUUGCUGAACUGAAAUGUUAAAGUUGCCAAUAUGUAUUAGUACUGUCACUAGGAGGAUUUUGGCUUUUAGUAUUGGUUAUAAGCUGAGCAACAGUAUCUGUGAUGCAGUUUGUAGAACUGUUAUAUUGGUUAAAUAAUUAAACUUCUGUAUUUUUAAAAACUAAAGUCAGCCUUCAUUUGACCAUUACUAGAGAUCAGUGAGGAACUGGGAGUUUUUUCUGCUUAUGCAAAUAUUGUUACUAAAAAACAGUCAGUGGCUUUUUCCGUACUUGAAUUACUUUGUACUAGCAAGGGGACCUUUUCCCAUCCUUGCUGCAGACAGGGCUGAAGGGUGCUAGGCCAUUUCAUUUGAACAAUAUUAUUACCUAGAAAGGUUGGACCAGAUUGUCCCUGAAGUCCCUUGCAACCUGGCAUUCAGUGAUUGCAUAUCAGGAAGACAUAUUCUAAAAGCUGUUGUGUAUUAUUUUAAUAGAAAUAAUGCGACCAAAGCAAGCAAGACAAAUUCUAGAGGCUGUGGUAUAUUAUCUUAAUAGAAAUAAUGUAACCAAACACUAUCCAGAUAACUUAUUUUAGCAGAUUGCUAACUAUGCUUUUUUCAGAUGUUAUAUGUGGCAGAUGAAUGUCAGCCAGAUGAAUAAAUGGAUGAAAACCAACUUAAUAAAUAC